AAAUAAUUUUUUUUAUUAUAUUUUAAACAGAAUUUUUAUUGAUUUUCAAUUAAAUUUAAAAGGUGUUUUAAACAAGUUCCAACUGCGGAUUUAGAACAUUUAGAAACUAAAGAGAAAGCUUUUAAAAUGGGAUUAAAUUUUUUUAUAUGGCAUCCCUGUCUGAGCUAUAAAAGGUUUCAAUUUUAUUUAUUUGAAUGAAUUGAAAGAAAUAAAUUGAUUCAGAAUCUUUUAAAAUAAAAGAAUUAGACUUUCUGCGAUUUUUUUUAAAGAAAAAUUUUUGUUUCGUGCUCAAGAAUGAAUUCUAAUCGUGCUAGCUGUGUGACAAAAAGUUUUUCAAAAAUUAGAAUUGAAGGAAAUCUUGUUAUCUAACCAAAUGCAAGAAGAAUUAUUAUUUUUUUUAGAUACUCCUAUUAAAAAUUCUUUUAUGGGAAUAAGGCAAAUAAGGUCAUAAAGUGUGUCAAAAGGUGAUAAAAGAGGUCAUAAAGUGAUAAUAUAAAUGAUAUGUUUUCAUUUAUUGCCUAUUUAUAAUCUCAUUUUCAACAAGAUGGGAAAAAUUUCUCAUGUUUUUUACGAGAAGAUGAAUGAAUUUUCAUUUUAAAAGUUUCUCAAAUUAAAAUGUGAUAAAAUUAAUAAAAGAUUUGUAUUAAAUAAAUCUUUCUUGAGGAUUUCUUUUGGCUUUUAUUUUAAAUUUAGACAUUAUUUUUGGAUGAAAAAUCCGAUUUUGAUAAAAAUCAUUUUUUUUGUAAGAGAAAAUCGUCUGCUUAAUCAGCAAUUUCUGUAUCUCGUUUUACAAGAUAAAACAAUCGCUAACUCACCUGAUAAAUACCUUUCCAUUCCCACGCAUGCGCAAAUGUUGAUUUUCUAAGCUAUAUCAUUAAAUUUUCUCGAUCCUGAAGAUUGAUUUAUCGAUUUGGAUUAAAAUUGAACUAAAACGUCGUGAAAGUUCUCCCAAAAUACCUCUCCUUGUAUUUUUUCUCACCAACAUCCCCAACAAUCUCGGGGAAAUAACCUCAAAUUGACGGUUUGAAUUUGAAAAUUUGCUGUCACGUGCUGUCAAAAGCGUCAAAAUUGUUUGUAAACAGAUGGGAAUUGAAGUGAUUUGGUCAGAGAGGGGGAAGAAUUAAGAGAAAAUUAAGAGGAAUAAGGGAUCCUUUCGCAGAAGUUAAAGGAUUAGAGGGAUUAUAUACUUGACGCAAAAUCCCAAAUUAAGUCUUUCCGGAAGCUCCGUGCAAAGUGAAAAAGUGUCCGGACACGAUGAAUAAACCGAAGCUGAUGAAGAAAAAGGACAGUCAGAAACGUUCUCAAAGGAUUGUGAGGACUCAACAAUAUGUCUAUGUCACGUACAUGGAGGAGAAUCCGGAUUUUGUCCAGAAUGAAACGGCAGAGCAUUGGAAUAAAUUAGCAAAGAGGCUCAAUGAAGCAAAUGGACCCAAAAAAUCCCCACAGGAUUGGAAGAAUACUUUUAUGCGGUGGAAGCAUCAGGUGGCCUACAGGGCACGUCAGGCGGCCACGGGGCAGAGUAAAUUGUACAAGACCCUCACGCAAAUUGAUGUGAGAGCCCUGAUUGCUCUGGGUAAGGAAAUCCCCACAAAUUGUCACAUAAUCGGCGAAACGGAUGCCACGGAAUUAAUUGAGAAGCACUCAAAGAGGAAGAGUGAGCUGAAGAUGGAGGAGGAUCUCUCGCAAACGAAUACAAUGAUCGAGGUUGAGGAGAUUAUGCGAGAUGAUCUGGAUGAUGAGAAAGUCUACACGUUGGAGGUGCACGAAGAAGGUGAUGAAGAGGCAGAGCAGGAAGAGGAGGAAGCGGAGGAACUUCCAGCGGAACCUCAUGUGGAGGAAAAGUGCUUCCAAGAGCCCAUCCGAAAGACCUACCAAGCGCACAAGAGGAAGCCUCCCGUUGCGGAAUCCACGCGAAUUGGCGCUACGCCGAGUCAGAAGAUAACCAGCAGGGCGACAUCCUCAGAAUCCCCGGAAAUUAUCAUCCAACCACGGCCAAUUGAAGACAGGGAAUUCCAGCUGAAGAAGCGCAAAGUUCUCGCCCUAGAACGCCGAGCAAUGGCACAGGAGAGGAUAGCUGAUGCCUUUGAGAGGAUUGUUAAUGUGCUGGAGAGUCGCUUUGAGAGGGAUCUUACGAAUGUACUCUGAACAGCCCCUUAGAAUGUUCUCAAUGUUCAUUUUAGCCAUUAAAGACCAUUAAAAAUUCCUCAAAA